CCAUUACUGAAUCAGUCUACCUGUGUGUUUCCCUGCAGCUCGUCGAUGGCGUUGGGCAGGCAGCGUGUUAAUGGAGUGGAUCUGUUCUACGAGCAGACAGGCAGCGGGAAACACCCUGUGCUGUUGCUUCCUGGCGCUCUGGGGUGCACUCGGACUGAUUUUGGACCCCAACUGAAGUCUCUGAAUAAGGAGCGCUUCACUGUGGUGGGAUGGGAUCCCCGUGGUUACGGAAAGUCACGCCCCCCAGACAGAGACUUCCCACCUGACUUCUUUGAGAGGGAUGCACAGGACGCAGUGGAUCUGAUGAAGGCACUGGGCUUUGACAAGUUCUCUCUCCUGGGGUGGAGUGACGGAGGAAUAACCGCCAUGAUGGCCGCAGCUAAGAACCCCGACCUGAUCAGCAGGAUGGUUGUAUGGGGAUCCAACGCCUUCGUUUCCCAGCAGGACCUGGAGCUCUACGAGGCGGUCCGUGACGUCUCCAGGUGGAGUGUGAGGAUGAGGCAGCCCAUGGAGGAGGUGUACGGAGCAGAAGUCUUCGCGAAAACCUGGAAGGCCUGGGUGGAUGGAAUUGCACAGUAUGCAAAAAGACCCGAAGGGAGUAUCUGCAUGGAACUUCUGCCCCUGAUCAGCUGCCCCACCCUCAUCAUUCAUGGAGAGAAAGACCCCAUGGUGCCCAACUUCCACCCACAAUACCUUCUCAAACACAUCAAGGGAUCACAAUUACACCUGAUGCCAGAGGGUAAACACAAUCUCCACCUGAGGUACGCUGAUGAAUUCAACAAGCUGGUGGAAGACUUUCUGGAAGACUGAUCCAUUAGUUAACACUGUGAAAUAACCACUGACCGUUUUGUCGAGAAAAAACAGAGUUGCGUAUAUAUCAUUGCAUAUAUUUAAAUUAAAAUAUUAAUUUUGUUA